AUGAAGAGUGGCACUUUGGCCAUCCAGAACUUGAGCACGAGCCAGGGCUCUCACUUGAAGCUCGUGAACUCCGGCCUGGCGCCAUACUUGACCCACUCAGACUGGACAGCUUUGACAACUUACAGGACCCAGGCGGACCAGUUGCAGGUUCUUGGCCAAGAAGCCUGCAAGGGACAGGCUGUGGCCAUAAUGUUGAUGGUCCAAUCUGGUCAAGGCAAGCCAUGCCUCAGCCCAGACUCCAUCAACUCUGCCGUUGCCGACUUUGCAGUGGUUUUGCAAGCUUUGCCAGCGACAGCUUGCCCGGGAGCAGCCACCUACCCGGCCAACCCCAACGAGAUGGGAGAAGUCUGGCUGGGAAAAGCUUACCUCACGGAGAAGCCACUGGGCCAGGAGCCCUGUAUGGCGCCAUGGCUGAAGAAGGCUCUCGGCUUGCAUGAAGAGCAAUGUUUUGCAGCCACAUGUCUCAUGCUUUUAGUUGUUUGUUUUUACAAGCAGCCAUACUUGCAAAGCAAGCUGCCAUUGCGGAACACCCAUGGGUCCUUGGCGGUAAACAAUACCACCAGGUACAUUGGCAAGCGAUCACCUGCAACACCGCAAGCGGCCAUGACGUUUGAAGAGGAGCUGGCCAUGCUCAAGCUCAAGCACAGCCAGCAGCCCCAGUCGCCGGCACCACUGCAUUUCAAUCCCACCAAGAGGGUCGCAGCCGCACCCUGCAACCAAGUUUUGCCAUGGCUACCACCAGCACCCUCCCCAUCAACUGCAGCUGUCGAGGCCGAAGAGACCAAGCCACCCCCAGAGACUGCUGCCACGGAGAUUUCGGCCACAGAGCCCGCAGAGAACAAGCAGUCUCCCAAGCAGGACAGCUUUACUUUACAGAUUUGA